AUGUUGUUCAAGUUGGACGCUUCCGACAAAACAAUUAAGAAUGAAGCGCUUCUUGAGCGGCAUAAAGCACGUCGAUUUGAAGUGAAUCAUGUUGAGGACUUUAUUCCACUUGGUGUGAUUAAGGAACCAGCAACAAAGCACAUUUUGCUAUGGAAUCCGAGCACUCAGGCCGAUGACUUAUCACAGGAUCACCAGACAGUCAAUUGUGACAUGAAGAACUGCAUAUUUUCAAGGAACCGACGACUUUUUCAUUCAAUGACUGAUUUUGAUGCAAUUAUGUUUGAUGUUGGAAAUUCAAAGGAACUUGAUGAACUGCCUGGAAUAAGGAAUAAGGAACAAAUUUACAUUAUGGCUAAUGAAGUAAGUCCAUUAUCGACCAAAAAUAACCUCAAAUUUGACGAGAAUUUCUUCAACAUGACUUUUUCAUACAAAAGUGACUCCGAUGUUCAAUGGACACAUGCCAAGUUUUAUGACAUAGAUAUGAACAACUUUGUAUCAAUUUCCAGGCAGAUCAAGUGGAGGAAACCUGUGGCUUUUAGAGAUCAAACCUUUAUCAAUUCAAUCAGAACAAAGAAGUCAAAGUUGUCAGCAUGGUUCGUGUCCAACUGCAAAGCUUCAUCAAAUCGUGACUUACUAGCAAAGAAGCUCCAAAAUUACAUGAAUGUGGACAUUUAUGGAAGUUGUGGAAAUUAUUCAUGCACAAGUAGGAAUCCCGAAAAAUGUGUGGACACGCUCAGUUCCAAUUAUAAAUUUUAUUUUGCAUUUGAAAAUUCAAUUUGUGUCGAUUACAUCACCGAAAAUGUCUUCCUGAGCAUGCAGCACAACAUCAUUCCGAUAAUCUUUAAUGGAGUCACAGACAUGCAGCACUUCCUUCCACCACACUCGUACAUUAAUGUCAAUGACUUUAACAGCAUCAAAGAACUCGCAAAAUAUCUCAAAUUUUUAGAUGAAAAUCCACAAGAUUUUGCAAAUUAUUUUUGGUGGACGAAAUAUUAUAAAUUAGUCAUGCAUACAAAGGAACAGUCUUAUUGUGAUAUCUGUAUACAUCUCAACAAAUGGGAGCCAAGAAUGAAAAAGCAACAAUAUUUGAAUGUAGAAAGCUGGUUCAACCAAAAGUCAUGCAUUGGACGACUUGAUGAUUUGUGA